AGCGCCAAUCAUUUCACCGUUAGAAGAAAACAAAAAAACUAUUCUCUCUCCCUUUGCCCCCCUAAAACCCCGCAUCUCCUCAUAUUUCGCCACGUGUCCAACCAUAACAAACCAGCCUCCCUCCUCCUCCUUCUCCCUUACGCUGCUCUGUUUCUCAAACAUGAACACAAAAUAUCUCUCUCAUUUCAUUUUCUCGAGAAAAUCUUCUCACUCUGUUUGUUUUCUCUGAUUUUGUUCUCAUAAUAACAAUGUGUAUACAUAUAUAGGUGCACAAACGAAGCAUAAAGCUGGUAGCCAUAGGAGAAACAAGCUAUCUAACAAAUCAUGUCUAAUAUAGACUCCGGCCAACCGCAGUCCACGCUCACGCGGCGGCCGUCACGUAGCGUCGCCACCACCACGUUUACCACCGAGGUUUUCGACAAUGAGGUUGUUCCGUCGUCUCUCGGUUCCAUCGCUCCGAUUCUCCGCAUUGCUAAUGAAAUCGAACAUGAGCGUCCUCGCGUUGCGUAUCUCUGUCGGUUUUAUGCGUUUGAGAAGGCACAUAGGCUGGAUCAGAGCUCUAGUGGACGAGGUGUGAGGCAAUUCAAGACAUCUUUGCUCCAAAGAUUGGAAAGGGAUAAUGCGUCCAGUCUUGCCGCUCGGGUUAAAAAGACUGAUGCACGGGAAAUCGAAAGUUUUUAUCAGCAAUAUUAUGAACAUUAUGUUAGAGCACUUGACCAGGGUGAGCAGGCCGACAGAGCUCAACUUGGCAAAGCCUAUCAGACAGCCGGGGUUCUUUUUGAAGUUCUUUGUGCAGUCAAUAAGACUGAGAAAGUUGAAGAAGUUGCUCCCGAGAUUAUCGCUGCGGCUAGAGAUGUCCAAGAAAAGAAGGAAAUAUAUGCACCAUACAAUAUUCUUCCCCUGGAUUCUGCAGGGGCUUCACAGUCCAUCAUGCAACUUGAGGAGGUCAAGGCUUCUGUUGCUGCACUGUGGAACACUCGGGGUCUGAACUGGCCUACUGCAUUUGAGCAGCAUAGGCAAAAAGCUGGAGAUUUAGAUCUUCUUGAUUGGCUAAGGGCCAUGUUUGGCUUCCAGAGAGACAAUGUCAGAAACCAGAGGGAGCAUUUGAUUUUACUACUUGCCAACAAUCAUAUAAGGCUUAAUCCCAAACCAGAGCCUCUUAACAAGCUUGAUGAACGAGCUCUUGAUGCUGUCAUGCACAAGCUUUUUAAGAAUUACAAAAAUUGGUGCAAGUUUUUAGGUCGAAAGCACAGUUUACGUCUUCCUCAAGGUCAGCAAGAAAUACAACAGAGAAAAAUUCUUUACAUGGGCCUAUAUCUUCUAAUCUGGGGUGAAGCAGCCAAUGUUCGUUUCAUGCCAGAAUGUCUAUGCUAUAUUUUUCACAAUAUGGCAUAUGAACUUCAUGGCCUGUUGGCUGGAAAUGUCAGCAUUGUUACGGGAGAAAAUAUUAAACCUUCUUAUGGUGGAGAUGACGAGGCAUUUUUGAGGAAGGUCAUUACACCAGUUUACCGUGUAAUUCAGAAGGAGGCCAGUAAAUGCCAAAAUGGAAAUGCUUCGCACACAAAGUGGUGCAAUUAUGAUGAUCUGAAUGAAUAUUUUUGGUCAACUGAUUGCUUCUCCCUUGGUUGGCCUAUGCGUGAUGAUGGGACGUUUUUUAAAUCUACACAUGACGUGGCACAGGGAAGAAAGGGUUAUCCAAAAAAAUCUGGAAGGACAGGCAAAUCAUAUUUCAUUGAAACCCGAACAUUUUGGCACAUCUUUCGAAGUUUUGACCGAUUGUGGACCUUUUACAUACUAGCUCUUCAGGCAAUGGUCAUCUUUGCUUGGAGUGGUGAAUCAGUCUCAAAUAUACUUCGGAGGGAUGUCUUAUAUCGCAUGUCCAGUAUUUUCAUUACAGCAGCUUUUCUUCGCUUUCUUCAGAGUAUUCUGGACCUUACUCUUAACUUCCCAGGGUUCCAUAGAUGGAAAUUUGCUGACGUGCUGCGAAAUUUUCUGAAGAUAAUUAUUAGUCUUGCGUGGCUCAUUAUUCUUCCCAUGUGUUAUUUGCGAGCCUUUCAUUUGUCCCGGAACACAAUCAGACAGUCCCUGUCAUUCCUUCGUGAUGUGGAUAUUCCUCCGUUAUACAUUGCAGCCGUGAUCGUUUAUUUGGUUCCAAAUCUUCUAGCCGCUGCUUUGUUUAUCUUUCCCAUGUUCCGGAGAUGGAUAGAAAACUCAGACUGGCUUCUCAUCAGAUUCCUGUUAUGGUGGUCGCAGCCAAGGAUUUAUGUUGGAAGGGGGAUGCAUGAAAGUCAAUUUGCUCUUAUAAAGUAUACGUUUUUCUGGAUCCUACUCUUGGGCUCAAAGCUUGCAUUCAGCUAUUUUGUUCAGAUUAAACCUCUAGUCAAGCCAACGAAAGAUAUAAUGAACAUCAGGCAUAUAGAUUACAAGUGGCAUGAAUUUUUCCCAAAUGCUAAAAACAACUAUGGGGCAGUGUUGUCCCUUUGGGCACCAGUAAUCUUGGUAUAUUUUAUGGAUACUCAAAUUUGGUAUUCUGUCUUCUCAACUAUAUAUGGUGGCUUUGUUGGUGCUUUUGAUCGCCUCGGAGAGAUACGAACUCUGGGAAUGCUGAGAUCACGGUUCCAGUCCUUACCUGGUGCAUUUAACACACAUCUGGUUCCUUCUGAUAAGACAAAGAAGAAGGGGUUUUCUUUCUCAAAGAGAUUUGCUGAGGUUCCUGCUAGCAGGAGAAGUGAAGCUGCAAAAUUUGCUCAGCUAUGGAAUGAAGUGAUUUGUAGUUUCCGUGAAGAAGAUCUCAUCAGUGACAGGGAAAUGGAUCUAUUAUUAGUUCCUUAUUCAUCAGAUCCUAGCCUCAAAUUAAUUCAGUGGCCACCUUUUCUGCUAGCCACUAAGAUCCCAAUAGCUUUAGAUAUGGCAGUUCAAUUCCGCUCAAAGGAUGCUGACCUCUGGAAACGUAUUUGUGCUGACGAGUACAUGAAAUGCGCCGUGAUAGAAUGCUAUGAAUCUUUUAAGCAUGUGCUGAAUAUUCUCGUAGUUGGAGAAAACGAGAAAAGGAUAAUUGGCGGCAUCAUCAAAGAAAUUGAAAGUAACAUUUCAAAGAAUACUUUUCUUACAAAUUUUAGGAUGGGUCCCUUACCUACUCUUUGCAAGAAAUUUGUUGAGCUUGUCGUCAUCUUGAAAGAUGUAGAUCCAUCCAAGAGAGAUAGUGUGGUAUUAUUGCUGCAGGACAUGUUAGAAGUAGUCACCCGUGAUAUGAUGGUGAAUGAGAAUCGUGAUUUGGUGGACUUUGGACAUGGUGGAAAAGAUUCAGGAAGGCAACUAUUUGCUGGUAUGGACACGAGACCUGCUAUAAUGUUCCCUCCUCCAGUCACAGCUCAAUGGGAAGAACAAAUAAGGCGCCUUCAUCUGCUUUUGACUGUCAAAGAAUCUGCUAUGAAUGUACCAACAAACCUUGAAGCUCGUAGGAGGAUUUCAUUCUUCACAAACUCCUUGUUUAUGGAUAUGCCUCGUGCUCCUAGAGUCCGUAAAAUGCUCUCAUUCAGCGUCAUGACUCCUUACUACAGUGAAGAGACUGUUUACUCGAAAUCUGACCUUGAAAUGGAGAAUGAAGAUGGUGUGUCAAUUAUAUACUACUUGCAAAAGAUAUAUCCAGAUGAAUGGAAUAACUUCAUGGAGCGACUCAAUUGUGAAAAGGAGAGUGAGGUUUGGGAAAAUGAAGAAAAUAUAUUGCAGCUACGUCAUUGGGCCUCCUUAAGAGGUCAAACUCUCUCCCGUACAGUUAGAGGGAUGAUGUACUACAGACGAGCUCUAAAACUUCAGGCCUUCCUUGAUAUGGCUUCUGAAAGUGAAAUAUUAGAAGGCUACAAAGCAAUCACAAUUCCAUCUGAGGAAGAUAAGAAAAGUCAAAGAUCCCUGUAUGCUCAACUCGAGGCAAUGGCUGACAUGAAAUUCACAUACGUUGCUACCUGUCAAAAUUAUGGAAACCAGAAGCAGAGUGGAGAUCGUCAUGCAACAGAUAUUCUUAAUUUGAUGGUUAACAAUCCCUCGCUUCGUGUUGCAUAUAUUGAUGAAGUUGAAGAAAGAGAAGGUGGAAAAGUACAGAAGGUUUACUACUCUGUCUUGGUCAAAGCUCUUGAUAAUCUCGAUCAGGAAAUAUAUCGUAUAAAAUUGCCAGGAUCAGCAAAAAUAGGUGAAGGAAAACCUGAAAAUCAGAAUCAUGCCGUUAUUUUUACUCGUGGAGAAGCUCUUCAGGCCAUUGAUAUGAAUCAGGAUAAUUACUUAGAAGAAGCAUUCAAAAUGCGAAACCUUCUGGAAGAGUUUCACGAGGAUCAUGGGGUGCGUCCUCCUACAAUUCUAGGUGUUCGUGAACAUAUCUUCACUGGAAGUGUCUCUUCUUUAGCUUGGUUCAUGUCAAAUCAAGAAACGAGUUUUGUCACCAUUGGUCAACGAGUUCUAGCAAGACCAUUGAAGAUCCGGUUCCAUUAUGGGCAUCCAGAUGUUUUUGAUAGAAUUUUUCACAUCACCCGUGGUGGCAUGAGUAAGGCAUCUCGUGGAAUCAAUUUGAGUGAGGAUAUCUUUGCUGGUUUUAACUCUACAUUAAGACGAGGAAAUGUUACACAUCAUGAGUACAUUCAAGUGGGGAAAGGUCGAGAUGUUGGACUUAACCAAAUCUCGCUUUUUGAAGCAAAAGUAGCGUGUGGCAAUGGGGAGCAGACUCUCAGCAGGGAUAUCUAUCGACUGGGCCACCGAUUUGACUUCUUCCGCAUGCUCUCCUUCUAUUUUACAACAGUUGGUUUUUAUAUCAGUGCAAUGAUGGUUGUACUUACAGUCUACGUUUACUUGUAUGGAAAGCUUUACCUAUCACUGAGUGGAUUGGAGGGUUCAAUCAUUAAGUUUGCCAGGAGUAGAGGAAAUGACCCUCUAAAGGCGGCAAUGGCAUCACAAUCCCUCGUCCAGCUUGGUCUUCUUAUGGCCCUACCGAUGGUGAUGGAAAUAGGACUAGAGAGAGGGUUUAUAACAGCAUUAAGUGACAUGAUCAUAAUGCAGCUUCAGCUUGCUUCCGUGUUCUUUACCUUCUCCCUUGGGACAAAGGUACAUUAUUAUGGACGAACUGUUCUGCACGGUGGUGCAAAAUACCGAGCCACUGGGCGUGGUUUUGUGGUCCGUCAUGAGAAGUUCGCUGAGAAUUACAGGAUGUACUCAAGAAGCCACUUUGUGAAAGCACUAGAGCUGAUGAUAUUGCUUGUAUGUUACAAGAUAUAUGGAAAAGCAACACCUGAUGGCGUAGCUUAUUUACUUCUCACAUUAUCAAUGUGGUUUUUAGUAGUUUCUUGGUUAUUUGCUCCUUUCCUUUUCAACCCUUCUGGAUUUGAGUGGCAAAAAAUUGUUGAUGACUGGGAUGAUUGGACCAAGUGGAUAAGCAGCGAGGGAGGUAUUGGUGUGCCAGCAAAUAAGAGCUGGGAGUCAUGGUGGGAGGAGGAACAGGAGCACCUGCAGCACACCGGGUUUCUGGGACGGUUGUGUGAGAUCAUCCUCGCCUUGCGGUUUGCUAUCUAUCAGUAUGGAAUUGUCUAUCAACUACAAGUGGCGAGAGAAAGUUCAGCCGGUAGAAGCAGGAGCAUUUCUGUUUAUGGGUUUUCCUGGCUGGUGAUUGUUGCUAUGAUGAUCAUCUUAAAGAUUGUUUCAAUGGGUAGAAAAAAAUUCAGUGCGGAUUUCCAGCUGAUUUUCAGACUUCUGAAGCUGUUCCUGUUUAUCGGGUGUGUGGCCACCCUUGUGAUUAUGUUCACUACUCUGCAUCUUACUGUGGGAGACAUCUUUCAGAGCUUACUGGCCUUUCUGCCUACUGGAUGGGCAAUUCUGCAGAUAGCACAAGCAUGCAGACCGUUGGUGAAGGGUGUUAAAUUGUGGGGUUCAGUGAAAGCUCUUGCAAGGGGUUAUGAAUACAUUAUGGGGUUAACCAUCUUUGGACCAGUGGCUGUUCUGGCCUGGUUUCCAUUUGUGUCGGAGUUCCAGACCAGGUUACUUUACAACCAAGCAUUCAGCCGAGGGCUUCAGAUCCAACGUAUUCUUACUGGUGGGAAGAAGAACAAGUGAGUACUGCCCAUGUUUCUAUUUUUUUUUGUUCCGUUUGAUCAGUGUAUUAUAGAAUGAUUCUCUUCUUUUAUAGUUAUAUGAGUGAUUCUUAAUUUCAAUUCCAUUUAUUGUAAAGAAAAGAAAAGACAACCUAUCUUAGAUUUUUGUUCUCAAGAGAUAUAUUUGAAGAAGCACCAAUACACAUUUAACAAUCAUUCGCCUUGAAAGGUUGAUUCUCUGUGA